AUGUCAUUACCGUCAACUACGACGAGCAGACACCAAUUGAUCUCCGCACUGGGCCCGAAAGCUCCGUCAUAUUGGACCGCUCUCAAGGAAUACCUGUGUGCCAGAAUCUCGCGCGUGGAAUUUGACGAGCAGGUCAAGGAACUACUCGAUACGACGCACCUCAGACUACCAGUACAGCUACACAACUCCCUCAUUGUUUCGUUGUUCGACACCUCCGCCCACCUUGCUCCUCCUACACCACCCCCAGAUGUGCCUAAACCCCCAGCAAGGAAGCGGCGUCGUACGCUCCCCUACCAAGGCGCCGACACCUUCGAUCCGACGUCUCUCAGAUCCUCGAGGCUAAAAAGAUGGACCGUGGGCUUGGGCAGGCGAGAGAGAGAGCGCGUGCGGCACCUGGAAGCAGCUGCUGUGGCCUUAGACCAGCGACCGCAAAUACACAAAGAUGAGAUUGCGGCUGAGCGUGGUGUACAGCUGGUGCCAGAGAGGGGCGAACCUCCGGGCAGCCGACUUCCUUUACAUCUCGCCUCUUCAUCUCGAGGGUUCACAUUGCAGCACAUAUCAGACCGCAUUAACCUGAUAUGUGCACAACACAACCUCGGGGCUCCGUCGAAAUCCGUUUCCUCUCUCAUGAUGCUGGCAUUCGAGGUACGCUGUGUCAACAUGUUCGUGGCGUCCUUUACUGAUGUUGCUGAGGCACAGGCUAAGCUCAAGCAAAUAAUUAGCCAGGCACUCUCUUUGACGUCCACCUCGCAUGCCAUUACGUCCAUCAAAACCUCAACACGGAUCAGCAACAAUCAUGUUCUAUCUACUUCGGCCUUCGAUACGCUCUUCACUGUCUCCCCCUCCGUGCUCCCGAACAAAUCGGCGGCGGCGAUGCGUCUGGCACUUGGUGACAAUGAGUGCGAAGAGGAAACCUCGCUCAAAGAUCGGGAUGAACACAUCGAGCGGCACCAGCUGCUCGCGUUGCUCAGCGAGAGAAGCACAGUGAGAGAUGCAUUGCGGAUACUCAGAUGA